AUGUCUUUUUCUGAAACACAUUUCGAUGGAAUCAAUAUUCCUUCGGUUUGGAGGAAAAGUAUGAUCAGCUCUGAGACUUCAACUCAAACACAAAGCAUUGAUUGUGUCGAUAGUGAAGUUCAACACAACCUUUUGAAAGAUACUGAGACUCAGACCACAAAUUUAGAUGAUAUUCAAAGAAAUAGACCGCUAAAGACAUUUAAUAAAUUUCAAAAUAGGACUAAAAUUAAGGCCAAUUUAAAUAAAAAAUUUGGUUUUAGAGCAUUGGAUUCAAUUGUCACCAAAAAUGAUUUCCAGUAUAAUGUAUCAGCUCUUUGCUGGAACUGUAACGCAUCGGUUCUGGCAAUCGGUCAUCAAGUGAACCAUCACUCCGAUUGGUGUACUCAUGAAAGCUAUAUUUUGCUCUGGAAUUUGUUUAAAGCCACAGAAACUGAAGAACCAUCGCUUCAGUUUGAUUUGGAUGGCUGUGUCUCCGUAUUGGUUAGUCAUCCAACACUUCCAUCUGUUUAUUGUUCGGGAUCUUUAAAUGGAAAGAUAUCUCUUUGGAAUAUCAGAAACAAAGAAAACGAGUUCUUGUUUGCAUCAGUUGUGGCUCAUCAACAACAAGUGUCGGGUAUUCAUUGGUGUCAACCAAACAAUACAACAGAUUUGGGACAAAUUAUUAGUUGUGGUUUCGAUGGCAAAGUGUUUGUGUGGAAAGUUCACGAAAAAUCAAUACAAUUGGAAAAAGCAUUUGCAUUAACAGCUCAAGACAUGCCACGAAAUAUACAAAUUAAAGGCAAUAAAAGCAAUGUUGAAGUUCCCAUUGUCUCCAUGUCUUUCAAUUGUGAAGAUUCAAAUAUUUUUAUUAUUGGUUGUAUUGGAGGACCAAUAUUUCAGUGCUCAUUAAACAGCAAUAAACCAGUAAAUAAUGAUUUCAGUACUGGAAUUAACUCAAAGUACAAGAAUAUUGAAUACAAGAAUCCAAUAGUGAUGUCGUAUGCCAUCCAUCGGUCGCAUAUAAAUUCAGUGCAGUUUUCGCCCGUUUCACGAAAUAUAUUCUUCUCUUGCAGUUCUGAUAGUGAACUAAGAAUCUAUAAUUUAUUGCAAACGGUUCCCAUUAUUGUUAUUCAUACUGAUGUCCCACUUUUAACAGGUCAGUGGUCUCCAUACAGUGCAAACAUAGCCAGUGUUGGAUCCGAUGGCAAUGUCUAUAUUUAUACUAUCAAUUACACAACAAUUUCAAACGCUUCGUUCAGUUUUUCAAUUGGAGACAAUGUAUUAGCAAAGUCUUUAGUAUAUAAUACAAUUGACAAUAUUGAACAAAUAGCUGUCAUCGGAUCCAACAAUAGUAUAUAUGUUUGGGAUUUGCUUUUAUCCUCUGAGAAGAGCGACGGGAAACACAUGAACGACAUUUUAAGGCGGAUGACUGACACCAUUGAUGACUGA